GACCAUCGUGAAGCUUUGAUCUCCGUGACACGGACCUCCGGCUGCCAGCUGCAGCUUCGCGAGGCCCGCGUGUCAGGCCAGGGUAAUCAUCGGGCAGCGCUUCGUAAUCAUCUGCAAUUAUCCCUACAUUACAUGGACUGCUACCAUUUGCAUGCAACCACUCGAACGCAAACGCUCACAGCGGCGACACAGAUUCCAUUCCGAAGGCAUUCGAUCAGUGCUUGCGCGACUUUUAACGAAGCAAUUGUUGUCGGCAGUUGUUACAAGCGUCAUACUGAUACUCUAAUUAUCAGAUAUUUGCCACCAGUAACAGCUUUCAAGCAUGCAGAGCGCUCGGGUUUCGCGGACUGCACGCCACACCCGGCCGAGCUGCCGGCCCCAGCGGGCAGUGGCCGUGCGUGUUAGUGCAAAGGUCAAUGUUGAGCAGCUGAAGGCGCUGAAGGCGGAGCUCUACAACUACAUCAACAGCCGGGGCUGCAACCCCAUUUCUGUGCGCCUGGGCUGGCACGAUUCCGGCACCUACGACAAGAACAUCGCUGAGUUCCCGGCCCGUGGCGGCGCCAACGGCAGCAUUCGCUUCAAGCCGGAGAUUGACCAUGGCGCCAACAAGGGUCUGGCUAUUGCUCUGGCCAUUCUGAACCCCAUCAAAAAGAAGUACCCGGACGUGUCGUACGCCGACCUGUUCCAAAUGGCAUCAGCCACCGCCAUCGAGGCCUCCGGUGGCCCCAAGAUCCCCAUGCGCUACGGCCGCAAGGAUGCCAAGGGUCCCGAGGAGUGCUCGCCCGAUGGCCGCCUGCCGGGCGCCGCGCACCCGUUCGCUGACGGCAGCGGCAGCCCUGCGGAGCACCUGCGCCGGGUGUUCUACCGCAUGGGUCUCAACGACCAGGACAUUGUGGUGCUGAGUGGCGGCCACACCCUGGGCCGCGCCCGCCCUGAGCGCUCCGGCUUCGGAGCUGAGAAGACCAAGUACACAGACGUGGGCCCGGGCACCUCCACCGCCUCGCCCAGCGGCGCCACCGACCGCCCCGUCACGCCCAAGCCGGUUGGGCAGCAGGGCACCAGCUGGACCGUCAACUGGCUCGAGUUCGACAACUCCUACUUCAAGGAGAUCAAGGCCAAGCGGGACUCGGACCUGUUGGUGCUGCCCACAGACGCAUGCAUCUUCGAGGACGAUCAGUUCCGCCCCUAUGCUGAGAAGUACGCGGCCGACCAGGCGGCCUUCUUCGCCGACUACUGCGUCAGCCACCAGAAGCUGUCGGAGCUGGGAGUGGAGUGGGAGGAGGGCGCGCCCGUUACUCUGGACUGAGCGGCAACGGCCUGGCAUGGCGCUCCACGUUGUUUGCAAUCUGGUGCCGCAGCUGGGUGGCUGUAGAGCUAAUUCGGGCUGCGGGGGAGCAGGGCGCGCUAUGUAACUUAUGGGUUGGGGGUGGUUUCGAGAUGUGUCCUGUCUCAGACGUGUGUGUGGCGGUGGGCUACGUUUGGUUAUGGCCAUUCUGCAUGGUCCAGGCAGUUCGCUGUCCAGCAGGCCCCCGCGAGCUUGGACUCAUGGUUGCUGGACGCAACUUUGCGAGCACAUUACUAUCAAUUGCAGUGAAAGUUGUGUAGUGGGUGGCAGUUGCUAUUAUGGAGUGCCCUGUCCUGCCUGAUGAGUCAAGCCUGGCAGAAGCCACGUUGCGAACCCUUAUCAUCAUACCGGGUGCUUCUGAACUCUUGUGUAUGGAUAUGAAUGCAAUUAUACUGGUCGUAACACGCUGCCGUGAUUGUACAUGCUGCUGAGUUGCACGCAUCACGCCUACCACGCCACAGUGUGAGCGGGCAUGUAACAUAACUAUCUA